AUGACUGCUAUCACGGGAGCAAUCAUUGCGCAACUUGUUAUAUCUUCCCUCUCGCUGGACCUCCUCAACGAAACUCAUUGGUCAGCCCGUGCCUGCUUUAUGUACAGCCUUGUGGCAUCCCUUAUGGCGGUAUACUUUGCAGCGACGCAGUCACGGAAAGUUGGUAUCCUGUUUAAGGGCAAGGACAUCAGGUCUUGGAUGAGAAAAGGACGACCGGACUAUACAGAAGAACUUAUUUUGGCAAUAAGAUCGGCUGAAAGUCUUGAGGACCACGAAAAUAUCCGGAGGGGAGAAUACAAGCGAUUUAAAGAUAGGAGAGCCGCGCGGAAAGGUCUUCGAGCGCAAAAAGGGUUUGGGUGGGAUGAAAUAGACCACUUAAUUUCUGUCAACAUCACACCGGCUCUUACUUCACUACUAUCGCUAUCGGCCCCAUCGAUGCUACUCUCCAAUUCGGUCUUCACGUUCUUGACUGGUAUAGGGAUAUACCUUGGAUUCCUUUACACAAGGCAGCUGGGUUUAGGUUCUGCUUUCGAUGAUGAUCGCAAUGUUUUUAUCGUUUAUGUUGUAGGGUUGGGUGUUUGUGGUAUGGUAUAUUACAUUGCUAGCAGUGUGAGGGCUGAUAUUCGAGACUUGACCUCGGCUUGGGGACUGUUGGCUUUUGAUCGCGAGUUAAGAAAGGGAGUGGACACCCGGCGUGAGAUGUUGACAGCCGCGUUGGACAAGCUAGGGGUUCAAGAAACAGUGUAG